AUGCCUGUAGGAACGCCUUCUCCAUUCCGUUUUCCCCCACGUCCGGGUUCAUCUGCCCGGCCCAGUACUGGUCCUACUGGAUCUCAAUUUGCAUCUACUCCUCGCUUUUCGUUGUCUCAGAAGCCAACUGAUCGGAAAAAAGCGAAAGGAGAGGAUGAAAUCAACUCUAGUGAUGCGGAGGAGUCACCGCAGUCAACGCCUCUCUCCACGGCACGUGUCGCGCCGCGGCAAAGAGGACGAGAAUUAAUUGAAGACUUGCAAGAGGAUGAGAGUUGUCCCCUCACCUCCGGGCUGAGGAAAGCCGCCGAUGAUAUAUCUGAUAGUGAGACAAGCCACAGCACUCCGCCGGAGGGGGCCGGCGACCUUGAUGCCGCAUUUGAGGCGCUUUUUGGGCCGACUACAAAAGACCGCAGGAAGAGACGCCGUAUAUCCCUGGACGAAGCACCAUCUACGACUCAACCUGCAAAGCGCAACGCAGACAUGAUUCUGACAUCUUCGCCGGAGGCGUCAGCGCCCAUGGCAGAUCCGCCUUCGUCACCGAUCCCGUUCCGUACUCCAAAGCAGAAUACUCCAACAGCAGCUUCUCAGAGGAUUGUAUCUGCUGCAGAGCGAACGCCUAGGCCUGCGACUCCGGCAAGUACAGGACCAUUCCGCCCCCAUCCUCGCUUCAAGAUGUUCCAACCAGGAUCGAGCAGUCAGUCGCAAUUCACCCCAAGGCUCCCGGCCGCUGCGUCACAACUACCGACCCCUGCCCCCCAAAGACAGAAGCCCGUCUUUGUCUUGCCUCGCUCUCCAUCUCCCUCACGGAUGGACGAUGAAUCAAUGAUUCCAACUCCAUUCUCUCCCUCCUCUCAUGCUCUUCGUCGGCGAGGCCGUCCCCGAUCCAGUACUUCAAACUACUUGCCUGGCGGCAUGGCCUCGGACGUCCGCAGCUGGAUCUUGGAAACGGGAACGAAAAGAGAACAGACGCAGAAGAGUUUGAAUGCUGAUUCUAGGGAGCACCAGAACCAAGGACCCACUGAUCUAAGCCAGUAUUUCCUUGUUCUUCGCAUCAUCGACGUUCGUCAGUCUGCGCUGGGCAGCUCUGGUCCGGUGGCUUUUAUACAUGGCCUACAAGUGACUGUUCCCGAUGAGCCCGAGCAUUCACUCUCACAGUCGAGGAAAUUUCUCCUUCUUGGUCCGCCCAGGCCAGCUAGCUCGCAGUCCUCCCGUGCAAGGACUCAGAUUCCUGAGUUGCGGACUGGUCAUCUGGUCGGAGUGUUUCGGAGUCUGGUCUGGGAGGUUGGCUUGGAACAGGUGCAUCUAAAUGGGAAUGUGCCGAGAGAAGAAACACAAGAGAACGAGGAGCUUGUGAGCAGUCUCGGGUGUGAUACAAGCACUGAGCAUCAGGAGAAAUGGCUCGUCGGGAUGGAAUGGGAACUGAUCGACCAGGGUUGA